UUGCUGCUCUUCCAUCCUUCUCAUUUAUUAAAACAAUUAGACAUAUAACAAUAUUUCAAUAACGAAUUUCCAAAUGGUAAACAAUUAGUAGGAAAUCUUAUUUACUGGGGAAAAAGAGAUUUCCUGGAGCCGAUUCAGGAGCAUGAAGGCUGGCAACUGAUUCUAAAUUUCCUGCUCCAGAACAUUUCCCAAAAGACAUUUGUCUCUGAAUGUUUGUUCGCUCCAAGAAGAAAAAAAGAGAAUUCCCGUGUGCAUCUGACAUUCUGGAAGAGAGCAGGCUCAGCUGUGUGUUCACAUUGGAGUGAAGUCCAAGUUGGAGAUGAUCCGUUUUAGAAGAAAAACUUAUUUGGCCACUGCUGUAUGUCUGGUGGGUUUUGUUUGCAUGCUGAUGAUUUCCUACCUCCGGAUGCAGAAGUAUUCUUUCCUACCCAAAACUGUCGUGCACAAGAACAAAGGCUUCUGCAGAGGUGAGAUCGUCAAUAACUCAAUCUCGGCUUUGAGCGACAACAAAACCUUAAUUAUUACCCCUUAUUUUGAUAAUAGGGUAAAGAAACUUGUCCGGGUGAUUGGGAUUGUGCCCCAUGAGGAAAUUAAGGAAGUUUACUGCUUAUUCUGUUGCCCAACUGGCAAUGACGUACACAUUUCCAAGGCUUUGAUAGAUGUUCAUGAAGAUCGAUUUGGAUUCCCCUAUGCAGUGGCAGACUUGCUUUGUAUGGAACCCACAGAUUGUGAUCCACCGUAUGUGUCAUUUCACUGGUUUCCUCAAGGAAACCUUGACAUGCUACCUCGCUUUGAAAUACAGAAUCGUGGGCUCACAAACUCUCUUGUGGAUUUCACCAUGUGCAUCUCCACCAUGUUUGGAAACUACAGCAAUGUCUUGCAAUUCAUACAGAGCAUGGAAAUGUAUAAACUUCUCGGAGUGCAGAGGGUGGUCAUCUACAAGAAUAGCUGCAGCCAACUGAUGGAGAAAGUCCUGGAGUUUUAUAUGGCAGAAGGGACGGUUGAGAUAGUCUCCUGGCCAAUCACAGCCUACCUCAAUGUUUCUACCGAAUGGUUUUUCAGUAAUGACGGGAUUCAGAUUGGUUACUAUGGUCAAAUUGCAGCCUUGAAUGACUGCAUCUACCGGAAUAUGUACAGAAGUAGGUAUGUUUUGCUUAAUGACAUUGAUGAAAUCAUUCUGCCCAUUCAAUAUCCAGACUGGAAGACCAUGAUGCAAGAUCUUCAGGACCAAAACCCAGAGAUUGGUAUUUUCCUGUUUGAGAACCACGUUUUUCCUAACACCGUAUUUACUUCUGCUGACAUUCCGUCAUGGAACACAGUACCUGGAGUCAACAUACUGCAGCAUGUGUUACGAGAACCGGAUCGAAAAGAAGUUAUCAACCCACAGAAAAUGAUUGUCAACCCGAGAAAAGUGGUUCAGACGUCUGUGCACUCUGUUCUCCAGGCAUUUGGAGAAAGCCUGGAUGUUUCUAUGGAUGUUGCUAUUGCCUACCACUGCCGGACCCCCUUCCAACCAGACUUACCCAGAGAAUCCCUGAUUAGGGACAUAACACUCUGGAGAUAUAACUCAUCACUCGUAGGCAGAGUUAAUCAGGUGCUUCAAAAAAUACCCUUGUUAACAGAAAAGCGAUAGGCAGAUCUUGAAGUGUUGAUGAAUGAUUACGGUAACACCUUCGGAUGAACUCCUUUCUUAGAGAGCCUGUUCAAAUACUACUAAGAGAGGUUCAGGGGCUGGAAGCUCUUAUCACCCAUGCAUUUAAUAGUGCCACUAAUUUGUAUUGAGAUGCCAAGAGGUAAAUAUGCAUCUAAACAAGUGAGAUCUAAUGCAUGGAAACUUAUGUUGGCAUUACUAUUACUGUUUUUCUUUGCUGCAGUAGACUAACAUGGCUACACCUCUGGAAUUACACUGCCAUGUUCACUGCAAGAACAUUACAUCACCUGAGUCCUCAUCAGUGAUAGCUAGAAAUGGAACCUCCAUGUGCAGGGGCAAUACACCCCUGAAUGCAUACUGCUGGGGAAAUUCUUAUUUUUUUGCACUGUUUACUGUCAUAAAAACAAAA